AUGGUCAAAGACUCCAGACACCCAAAUGAGGAUGAAUCCCCCCACCACCCAGAUAUGAUCCAGCUGUAUGAACGUCUGCUGGCUGCAGAGUUCAGGGGGGAGCUGCUGUCCAGGGAGCUCAGCAGUGUUCUGACCAGCCUGGGGAACCUCACCAUACCUAACAACAACUCCUCCACUAAUAUCCCAGAAGGACCGAUAAAGAGAAAUCUCAGUCUGCUGUCCUCCAGACUGCCCAACGCCUACCUCUACCUGCCCCACCUACGGGACCACCCAGACAGCCUGAUUCCUAACGUGGUCCUGGGACAAGGCCGAACUGGAGUGUCCCUGGUAUUGGGGAUCCCUACAGUGAAGCGUCAGAAGCAGAGCUACCUGGUUAGCACCCUGAACUCCCUCCUCUACGACCUUUCACCUUCUGAACGGAACGACACCGUCAUCAUCAUCUUUGUUGCUGAGACGGAUACAGAAUACGUCAACAGUGUAGCAGAACUCCUAGAGAAGAAUUUUCCUAAGGAUGCGCACUCAGGCCUGUUGGAGGUAGUGUCCCCUUCUCAGUACUUCUACCCCAACUUCAGCAGACUCAGGGAAACCUUCGGAGACUCCAAGGAGAGAGUCAAAUGGCGCACAAAGCAGAACUUGGAUUAUAGCUUCCUGAUGCUCUACGCCCAGGAGAAGGGAACGUAUUAUGUACAGUUGGAGGAUGACAUCGUGGCUAAUCCCGGUUACUCUCAGACCAUGAAAACAUACGUCAGAAAGCUGGCCACCGAUGACUGGAUGUUCCUGGAGUUCUCUCAGCUCGGCUUCAUCGGCAAGAUGUUCCGAGCCCGUGAUCUACCAAUGAUAGCAGAAUUCUUUCUCAUGUUCUACAAAGACAAGCCCAUUGAUUGGCUGUUGGACCACAUCCUGUGGGUGAAGGCUUGUAACCCAGAAAAAGAUGCUAAAGACUGCAACCUGCAGAAGGGCCUGCUCAAGCUGAGAUAUAAACCCUCUCUGUUUCAACAUGUAGGCCUUCACUCCUCUCUGCCUGGGAAACUACAGAAACUGAAAGAUAAGGACUUUGGGAAGGUGCCACUGUUCACAGCCCACACCAACCCUCCUGCAGAGCUGAGCAGUAGUCUGAAGCACUACCAGCAGCACACCCUGGAGAGGGCCUACAAGGGCCAGGACUUCUUCUGGGGCUUGACCCCUACCGCCAAGGACUUCAUACUGCUCAGCUUCCCACAGCCACGCAAUGUCACCAGGUACCUGUUUCGCAGCGGAAACAUCGAGAACAACGGAGACCAUUUGUAUAACACCACCGUGGCGGUGCUCCCUAUCCACCUCUCAGUGAGAGACAGACUGGUGGGUGGCCAGUCUCCUCAAUACAAAGGAUCUUAUGGAGGCUUCAUAGUGAUUGGUUGCUUUGUGGAUGGAGUGGCUGAGGGACAGAUAGACGCACAGAUGCAGCCCAUCUCUGCAUUACGUCUACUGGUACAUAGCGACUCUGACAUGUGGGUUCUGCUCAGCGAGAUAUUUAUUCAACUUUAA